CGUAGGACACACAUAAGCGCUGUCCUGAAUCUUAAUGCACUCUGGAAUCAAAUAGCAUGAACAGUUUUUAUAUGUAGGCUUUUCAGAAACAGCAUUUGCUUCGGUUGGUGCAGGAUGAGAUGUCAGCGCGACGCCGGGCAGAUUAUCGAGGCUUUGUUCAGAAAGGUACCCCUUUUAUGAGGUCCUAUAAAAGCUCACCGUAUAUGAAGCCAUUUGAACUCUAUUUACAAGGUCAGAAUGACGCUGGCAUUGACUCCUGCGGCCGUGUGUCAGUGCUUCACUCUGGUUUCGCUCUGCACGUCUAUUGCCGACCCAAACUGGAUCCAAGUCCAGAACACGUCUGAUCCAAGCAAACAGCUCAUCUAUGGAGUAGCCUUCACGCUACACGCAUACCAGAAUCACACGGACACAGGUCCUCUGGGUGGACUGAGCGGAUGGGGAAUGUGGCUGCUGUACAUCCUCGCGGCUCUCUGCUACAGCGCUGUCCUGUUUUCCAGUUUCUGCUUCCUGCUGGACUUCCUUGGGGCAGCUGUCAAUCACUCAAAGCUGGUGACAUCAUUGCACAUCUCAACAGCUUUAAACUGUCUGGCGGUGCUGGGCGUGUGCGUAACCUGUUUGUGUGUGAUCCAACACAACCUGCAGCAUGGGAGACUCGGCUCGCUAUUGGACCGAAGAGAAAGCCCGUCUGUCAGGCAGAAAAACGAGCUGCAAAUGUCUCCAGGAGAAAGUCUGUACAUCGAGGUGCUAGGCCUGGUCUUCUCACUCCUGGCAUGUGCGUUUGCCCUCAAGGGUCGCCCGGAACCCAUCCCGCCCUGCCUGAGUGUGGAGGGCGGGGACAGUGACACAGAGCCUUUGAUUGGUGGAGCAGAGCAGGGGGAGUGACUUGAUUACGCACUUAUGACAGUAUACUAGUACUAAAGAUCUCAGAAGCACAUGGAUCUCUGUAUUCACAAUAUUCACUUUACUGAUGUCUAUGUGGGAACCAAAGAGAAGAGCGCUACUGUACAAUGAGAUCUUAAAGCAGAAGUGUGUGAUUUUGUUAUUGGUUGUAUCUGUCGGUAGUGCAUUGGUAGUUUGGCUUCUGCAAGAGUGUAAACACUGUGACGCCCUCAAAAACACACAACAGUCUGACUCAACCAGUGGCUUAAUUUUGGGCGGGAAUAUCAGUUUGGCGUAAUAAUGGGAGGCGGUGGGAGUGAUUGGGAAACCGGUUUUAAAACAAUCAUUAUAUUUGCGAUUCCAUUUGGUGAUGCAGAAAUCACACACUUUAGCUUUAGGAUUAUUCUUUAUAGAAAUGUAUAAUACUAACUCUUGCAAUUCUCCAGGGAUUUUGUACUUUCGGACCAAAUGCAGAAAUCACUAAUCAGGGCUACAACAUACGGUAUAAAUCCACAUUUAAACAAAUGAAUUCAACAGAAAUCCUCAGUGUGCCUCAAUGUUGUUUUGAGACAUUAAGCAUCUAAAAAUGGUUAUAGAGCUCAACAUGAAAUCAAAAUGAACUAUAUGUGUUUUCUAAAGCAGUGUUUCCGAACCGCUGUGCCGGUUAUAUUAUUUUAAUAAUAAAAUUAUAUAAUAAAUAAAUAAAUGCAUGAAAAAAACAUACUAUUUUCAGGGAUCCGAACUCACAUUUGUGGUUGUGAAGAGCAAUGAUUAAUGUGCAGAAGUGAGUGAUAUUUAUAAGCAUUAAGGGUCAUCGCAUGACUAGCGUCAGUGCUGCAGAAUACAUUGAAGUCUAUGAAGUGACGUCACAGCAAAGUGCUUUUCACACACGUUUUUGCUUCCCCAAUAAUGUCUUUGAGAGUACUAAGUAACCAGAAAUAUUUAAAAACUGUCCAAAUUUGUGAAAAGACAUUGACUGUCUCAAAAUUUCGUUUAAUUAAACCAUGAAAACACUUCGACCUAAACCUAACAGGAACGACCCCACCUCCUCACUGCCAAAGGUCCAGAGCGUAAGUCCGGUUUUUGUUUUUGUAUUCGUUAAUAUCAUCCUUAACAGGAGUUACAUGCGCAGCAACUGUUGUUAUGUUCUCAUAGCAAAAUCUGUGAGGGCGGUAAAGUUAGUUUGACGGUCGACAUUAGGUUUGGCAGAUGUAAGGGACCGUCUGAAAACUCCACUCACUAUGCUAAAACACAUUCAUUCAAUUCACGUGCAAGUUAUACAUGAAAAGAAAACCGUAAAAA